UACAUGGUGACAAGCUUGGAAGCAAGGUGGCCAGGCUCGGUCCACGAUUCCCGCAUUUUUAGGGAGUCCACGCUAUGUACAAGAUUUGAAGAAGGGCGUUUUGAUGGCUUGCUGCUGGGGGACCGUGGAUACGCAUGCCUGAAACAUCUCCAAACACCUUAUGCUGACCCACAAACAAGGCCGCAAAGAAAUUACAAUUCUGCCCACAGCAUCACAAGGGCAAAAAUUGAAAUGACCUUUGGGAUCUUAAAGGCACGUUUUGCAUGUUUAAAAGGCCUUCGUGUAAAGCCAGCGAGGGCCUGUCAGGUUGUAGCUGCAUGUGUGGUGCUACACAAUAUAGCCACAAUUAGGAAGGAAACAGUGCCAAAUUACAUUCAUUUGCCCCCAGACAUUGUCGACCCCAUGACCCUUGACCAUCCCACAGGGCGUGCAGUCAGAGACGCAAUCACCAAUCAAUUUUUCACUCAUUAA